AAGAAAUCAGUCUGGAGUCUGCCAAUAACAGUUCGAGUUGCGCUCAGCUUCAACGCUACAUUCUGGAGGCAGUACAGAACGAAGUCCCCAUUCCGUGUAAUCUCUCAUAAAUACAGAGAAGAAGAGAAGCUGUAUGCCUAUAAUAUAAUAGGCUGCGUCGUCGAUUAAUUAGGUUACAUGGACUCAAGAGAAAGCUAAUUAUUUUGGCGAAUGAAUAUAAUUGCAUAGCCUAAUUAACGGCUUGGAAACUCAGUCGGAUCUUCACUACAAAUCUGACCUAGGCUACCUGUGUAGAGGGUUCUGAUUCUACUCAUAUCCUGGAAUUGGUAUCAUCAGUAGUUUUCUCGUGUGCUUUUCAUUCGGGUUUAUCAUUCGGGUUUAUAUUUGUUUGUAGCAAACGGCUCCCGAGUGCGACUGGAAUACGCGUCUGCACCGGGGAUUGAAUUGAUACAUCAUAACCGACCGGAAUUCAGAUUGUGAAUAAACAAGACAUUGUCCAGGGUAACGUAACCUCACCCUACAAUCCAUCUGGGCAAAUUGAACGUGUAUUUCGGUAGCAGAGAGCGAUACUAAACCAGCAUAAUGCCUCUUGCACAUCUUGCGGAGCCCUGGCCCCAAAUGGAACUAGUUACACUGGACUCCGAGAAUGGGCAAAGCGUCACUGAGGAUGGGGUCCCACCUGCUGGUCACAAGGACAGGUCCCAUAUUACCUGGGUAGAGAAGGACUUUGCCAAUAUUACUGCAAAGGACAAUGAUGUCAUCAAGGAGAUCAACAUCACCAACGUGGUCAAGGAGGGCUCAGAGAAAGCCGACGCCCGCCAGUUUGAGCUGCUUAAAGUGCUGGGCCAGGGCUCCUUUGGCAAGGUGUUCUUGGUGCGGAAGGUGACGCCUCCCGACGACAACGAGCUGUAUGCUAUGAAGGUCCUGAGAAAAGCCACCCUCAAAGUGAGAGACCGGGUGAGGACCAAGAUGGAGAGAGAUAUCCUGGCAGACGUCAACCACCCCUUCGUGGUCAAACUCCACUAUGCAUUUCAGACAGAAGGAAAGCUCUACCUGAUCCUGGACUUUCUGAGAGGAGGAGAUCUCUUCACCAGACUGUCUAAAGAGGUGAUGUUCACAGAGGAGGAUGUGAAGUUCUACCUGGCAGAGUUGGCUCUGGGCCUGGACCACCUGCAUAGCCUGGGCAUCAUCUACAGAGACCUCAAACCUGAGAACAUUCUACUGGAUGAAGAGGGCCAUAUAAAACUCACAGAUUUUGGCUUGUGUAAGGAGGCUGUUGACCAAGAGAAGAAGGCCUACUCCUUCUGUGGUACGGUGGAAUACAUGGCGCCAGAGGUGGUGAACAGGCAAGGCCACAUACAGAGCGCCGACUGGUGGUCGUUUGGGGUACUGAUGUUUGAGAUGCUGACCGGAUCGCUUCCGUUCCAAGGGAAGGACCGCAAAGAGACCAUGAACCUCAUCCUCAAGGCCAGAUUGGGAAUGCCCCAAUUCCUCAGUACAGAGGCCCAGAGUCUCCUCCGAGCUCUGUUCAAGAGGAACCCCAUCAACAGAAUGGGGUCCGGGACGGAUGGUGCAGAGGAGAUCAAACGCCACACGUUCUUCUCCACCAUCGACUGGAACAAACUGUUCCGGCGAGAGAUCCCACCCCCGUUCAAGCCGGCGGUGGCCCGACCAGACGACACCUUCUACUUCGACUCGGAGUUCACCUCCCGCACACCCAAAGACUCCCCAGGUGUUCCACCCAGUGCCGGAGCCCACCAGCUCUUCCGGGGCUUCAGCUUCGUCGCCCCGGCCAUGCUGGAUGAGGAGGGGGCCAAGGAGCCGGCCAAGCCCACACCACACCCAGUGGUCCAGCAACUCCAUGGAAAGAACGUGUUGUUCAGCGAUGGCUACAUGUUGAAGGAGGACAUCGGCAUGGGCUCUUUCUCCGUUUGCAAGCGCUGUAUCCACAAAGCCACCAACACAGAGUACGCCGCCAAGGUGAUUGACAAGACCAUGACAGACCCCUCAGAGGAGAUUGAGAUCCUGUUGAGAUACGGCCAGCACCCCAACAUCAUCACCCUGAAAGACGUGUAUGACAAUGGGAAGCAGGUGUAUCUGGUGACCGAGCUGAUGAGAGGUGGGGAGCUGCUGGACCGGAUCCUCAAACAGAAGAUCUUCUCAGAGCGAGAAGCCAGCUCCGUGCUCCACACCAUCACCAAGACUGUAGAAUACCUCCACGCACAGGGGGUUGUCCACAGGGAUCUAAAGCCCAGUAACAUCCUUUAUGUAGAUGAGUCGGGGAACUCUGAGUCUAUCCGGAUCUGUGACUUUGGUUUUGCCAAGCAGCUGAGAGCUGACAACGGCCUGCUCAUGACUCCAUGCUACACCGCUAACUUUGUAGCCCCGGAGGUGUUAAAGCGUCAGGGCUAUGACGAGGGCUGUGACAUAUGGAGUCUGGGAGUGUUGUUGUACACCAUGCUGGCAGGCUUCACGCCAUUUGCCAACGGGCCCGAGGACACUCCAGAUGAGAUCCUGAGCAGGAUAGGCAGCGGUCACUUCACCCUGACUGGAGGCAACUGGGAUGCCGUGUCGGAAGCAGCGAAGGACCUGGUGUCUAAGAUGCUUCAUGUGGACCCUCACCAGCGGCUGACCGCAAUGCAGGUCCUCAAGCACCCCUGGAUUGUCCAGAGGGACAAGCUAUCCAACAGCCAGCUGCAGCACCAGGAUGCCAAGCUAGUCAAGGGGGCGAUGGCUGCCACCUACUCUGCCUUGAAGAGCUCCCAGCCCACUCCGGAGCUCAAGCCCAUUGAGUCAUCCUUCCUGGCCCAGCGACGUGUCAAGAAGCUCCCCUCCACCUCUCUGUAGAUCCACCAGAGAGAGACCAUGAACACCCUCAGACUCUAGCUAGAACAUCAGCCAGUACAGGAACAAGUCACGGGACUGAAGAGACCGGUACAUCCCCUCUAUCUAACCAGACAAGGACCACUGACUACUCUACUGCUGUCUCCUUCCCUGGCAGUGAUAUCAAUACUCUGCUGCAGUCUCCUACCCUGCCAACGAUAUAACUACUCUGCUGUAGUCCCUUCCCCUGCCAAUGAUAUUGCUUCUCUGCUGCAGUCUCCUCCCCUGCCAACUAUAUCACUACUCUGCUGUAGUCUCCUACCCUGCCAACUAUAUCAAUACUCUGCUGCAGUCUCCUACCCUGCCAACUAUAUCACUACUCUGCUGUAGUCUCCUCCCCUACCAACGAUAUCACUACUCUGCUGUAGUCCCCUGCCAAUGAUAUCACUACUCUGCUGUAGUCCCCUGCCAGUGAUAUAUCGCUACUCUGCUGUAGUCCCCUGCCAGUGAUAUAUCGCUACUCUGCUGUAGUCCCCUGCCAACGAUAUGGCUACUCUGCUGUAGUCCCCUGCCCUGCCAAGAUUAUCGCUACUCUGGUGUAGUCCCCUGCCCUGCCAAGAUUAUCGCUACUCUGCUGUAGUCCCCUGCCAGUGAUAUCACUACUCUGCUGUAGUCCCCUGCCAGUGAUACCACUACUCUGCUGUAGUCCCCUGCCAGUGAUAUCACUACUCUGCUGUAGUCCCCUGCCAGUGAUAUCACUACUCUGCUGUAGUCCCCUGCCAGUGAUAUCACUACUCUGCUGUAGUCCCCUGCCAGUGAUAUCACUACUCUGCUGUAGUCCCCUGCCAACGAUAUCGCUACUCUGCUGUAGUCCCCUGCCAACGAUAUCGCUACUCUGCUGUAGUCCCCUGCCAACGAUAUCGCUACUCUGCUGUAGUCCCCUGCCAACGAUAUGGCUACUCUGCUGUAGUCCCCUGCCCUGCCAAGAUUAUCGCUACUCUGCUGUAGUCCCCUGCCCUGCCAAGAUUAUCGCUACUCUGCUGUAGUCCCCUGCCCUGCCAAGAUUAUCACUACUCUGCUGUAGUCCCCUGCCAACGAUAUCACUACUCUGCUGUAGUCCCCUGCCAACGAUAUCACUACUCUGCUGUAGUCCCCUGCCAACGAUAUCACUACUCUGCUGUAGUCCCCUGCCAACGAUAUCACUACUCUGCUGUAGUCCCCUGCCAACGAUAUCGCUACUCUGCUGUAGUCCCCUGCCAACGAUAUGGCUACUCUGCUGUAGUCCCCUGCCCUGCCAACGAUAUCGCUACUCUGCUGUAGUCCCCUGCCCUGCCAACGAUAUCGCUACUCUGCUGUAGUCCCCUGCCCUGCCAACGAUAUCGCUACUCUGCUGUAGUCCCCUGCCAACGAUAUCGCUACUCUGCUGUAGUCCCCUGCCAGUGAUAUCACUACUCUGCUGUAGUCCCCUGACAGUGAUAUCACUACUCUGCUGUAGUCCCCUGACAGUGAUAUCACUACUCUGCUGUAGUCCCCUGACAGUGAUAUAACUACUCUGCUGUAGUCCCCUGCCAACGAUAUCACUACUCUGCUGUAGUCCCCUGACAGUGAUAUCACUACUCUGCUGUAGUCCCCUGCCAACGAUAUCGCUACUCUGCUGUAGUCCCCUGCCAACGAUAUCGCUACUCUGCUGUAGUCCCCUGCCAACGAUAUCGCUACUCUGCUGUAGUCCCCUGCCAGUGAUAUCGCUACUCUGCUGUAGUCCCCUGCCAGUGAUAUCGCUACUCUGCUGUAGUCCCCUGCCAGUGAUAUCGCUACUCUGCUGUAGUCCCCUGCCAGUGAUUUCACUACUCUGCUGUAGUCCCCUGCCAGUGAUUUCACUACUCUGCUGUAGUCCCCUGACAGUGAUAUCACUACUCUGCUGUAGUCCCCUGACAGUGAUAUCACUACUCUGCUGUAGUCCCCUGACAGUGAUAUCACUACUCUGCUGUAGUCCCCUGACAGUGAUAUCACUACUCUGCUGUAGUCCCCUGACAGUGAUAUCACUACUCUGCUGUAGUCCCCUGACAGUGAUAUCACUACUCUGCUGUAGUCCCCUGACAGUGAUAUCACUACUCUGCUGUAGUCCCCUGACAGUGAUAUCACUACUCUGCUGUAGUCCCCUGACAGUGAUAUCACUACUCUGCUGUAGUCCCCUGACAGUGAUAUCAGUAGUUAAUCUUUCCUCUGGAUGGGCUUCUGGGCAUGGUCACUUCAUGACAAUCAACCUGGACUAGCAACAAGACAUGGUUGGGGAUAAGGGGGCAGUGGGGUAGGGGCAGGUUUUGACAAAUUUGUUAGCAGUAUAUUUUGGAUUAAAGUUGUGUGUGCGUGAGUUUGAGACAACCUGCUACCACGGAGGACGUUGAUGAUCAUUGAGGAUGUUUCUGUUGUGUUUUUUGUUCUGCUGUCGUUUUGAUUGGCUCUGCAUCUCCCCUCAGCAUCGCUGUGAUUGGCUGUCGCUAAACUCUCUGCAUGUCUGUCUGUUUGGUGUGUCGUUCUCUCUCCAAUUGAUCAGCUUGCCAAAUCGAUUUGUGUGUUUUUGCUGUUUUACCAUUGAAAGCUGGAAGGGACAAUGGCACAAAACGAGAUCACAGUCCAUCACGAUCAUUUUCCUACAUUUUGAAUGAACAUUAAAAGAAAGAAAAAACAUUUAGCCAAAAAUGCCUCUCGUUUUUGAGACUAUACUGGAACUAGGAAUUCUGGGUAAUGUAGUCAAUGCUAAUGUUUUUUCCAGGCCGAAUGUCUCACUCUCCAUUGCAUGACUUGCAGUGCGUAUAUUCCAGGGAAGGGUUCAGAAAGUUGUUUGCAUGGUCUGGUGCAGUGUGGCGUCAUGUUGCUUUGUCCUUCUCUUAUCUUUUCUUGGUGACAUUUCCGAUCCUGAGAAGAAGAAAAGAUUUGAGAUAUGGCCAAAUAUUUUUAUUGUAAAAAAAAAUAAAAAAGAGAAAAUAAUAUCUGUACUACCACUAACAAGGUGGAAUGUUGAAAUCUGUUUUUUCAUUGUGUUUUCUUCUUGGAUAUGCCUAUUUUGAAUGUCGUCUUUCUUGUAUUUGCUUUUGUUGUUGAAAGGCAUGUUGAACGCACACACAGUCUGUUGGAGCUUCCAUGACUCUUUCCCACAGCCCUCUGUGUUUCAAUGUCAAGUAUGGUGAGAGUGAUUGUCAAAACGAUUGCACUCAAAUGCACACUCUCCCUUAAAGAUAUUCUCCCGUACUUUUUAACCAGUAGUUAAGUAGCGCCCACUAGCCAAAAAUGGUCCCGAAAAUUGCUGACCACGUCAUUUCUCUUGCUCUGCUGGGUUUGCUUCUUGCUAGUUGUCAGUCAAAUGUUGAGGGAUUGAAGCUCAUUGGUUGAAACUCAAAUAAUUAAUAGGGGGCUGGCCCACGUGCAGGUAAAUGUAGGGAAAAUGGCACUGCACAGCUUCCAGAAAACUGUCACUUUCAAACUCUGGGUUUCGUGGCUAAUUGAGGUAAGACUGUAAUUCUGCUCAUAGAUUAUGCAUGUAUGAGCAACACAUUGACACAUCCAGCCCAAAGCGGGAGAUUUAAAAAAUACUUACCAGUCGCCAAAGUACCCGGGCAUGUCUUUAAGGUCUCUAUAAAGUAUAUUGGUUUUACUUAGACAAUCCUUGACAGGAAUAUUUUUUGCUCCUCUGAUUUGAUUGGCCUGUCUGUUGGUCUUAAUCAGGACAUAAAGUAAAUGUCCACAGGUCCUUUCUGUCUCCUGUUCAGUUUGACAUUGUCUGAGUAGAAGUGCCGAUCUAGGAUCUGUCCAUAUCUUAUUCUAUACAGACACAACUAUCUGACACAACUGCUGAUCCUGGAUCAGCACUCCUACUCUGGGACGCAUUUUGGAUACGGUCCGUGGACUCUAGUACAGUAUAGGUCACAACAAUGUCUUUCUUGACUAGAGGUUCCUAUGGGAUAGUACAUGUUUGCGUGGCUAUGUUUUUUUUGGUAGCUUUUAAAUUCCUUAUUAAGGGCAGAAUUCCUAGACACAGUAUCUGCGUUGAACAUGCUUUUUAGUCUAGGACUUGUCCGGGAAACUGGCCCCUGCGCCUACAGCAGAAAGAUCCUGUAAGUUUAUGUAGGCUUGGAUCUUUAGUCUUUGAUAUGUGAUGCAUAUCUGUAGAAAGGUUGGGAUAACUCUUUCUAUGGGAAACGCAUUAUUAAGAAGAAACAGAUCAAGAUGAAGGGAAAGUUUGACUAAAACAAGAAAUAACAGCUACCACCCACUGAGACUCUUCGUAGUAACAGUAACCCAUCUGCUAUAGUAGCACAGUGACAUUACUACAUUUGCAAAGUAUGAAAACCCCUUUCAUCUCAGAUCAAGUGGAAUACAUAGUUAUGUUUAUUUUGUUUUAAAUCAAGUUCUCUAUCGCUUUAUUUUUAUUUAACCUUUAUUUAACUAGGCAAGUCGGUUAAGAACAUUCUUAUUUACAAUGACAGCCUACCGGGGAACAGUGGGUUAACUGCCUUGUUCAAGGGCAGAAUGACCUACAUAGGUUGAGAUUAAAUGUUUAAUUUACUAUGAUGAUAUUUACCUCUUGUCUGUUCUAUGUUGUUGUACCUUUCCUUAUAAGGGUCCAUAAACACUUCUCGUGGCAAAAACACGAUUCACCAAUGAAUUGCAACCUAACUCAGACACGUCCCAUGAUUCUGCCAUCUCGAACCAAUUAAAUUCCAUCUUUGCUGCAAUAGUUUUUUUUCUGCCACGACCAGUGUGUUUGGACCCUGAAGUGGGAGCUUUCUUUGGUAUGGAACUAUUCUAUGUGUUUGUUCCUCUUGCUUUGUAUUCCCUUCCUUCCUGGUUUUCCAUGUGAGUCGGGAUGAGAUGGGGUAGUUCACUCUCAUCUGCCAUUACAGCAGUGGGUAUUCAGGCCUAUAGGGAGUUCUGAUAAGAUGGCUUUCUAUUAAAAUACUUUUCUCUGCGCUGA